GCUAGCUUAGGCUAAGCUCUCCUCGCCAUGGCGGCCGCCGGCAUUCCGCUGCCUCCGGUGACGACGACGACGGCGGCGCUCAUGGCCGCCGCAUUGCUAUUACUGCUCCUGCGGGCGGCGGAGGGAGGGCAGCCGCCGUACUCGUGCGGGCCGCAGUCGCCGUCGGCGGGGGCGCCGUUCUGCGACGCGCGGCUGCCGGCGGCGCGGCGCGCGGCGGACCUGGUGUCGCGGCUGACGGCGGCGGAGAAGGUGGCGCAGCUGGGCGACGAGGCCGGCGGCGUGGCGAGGCUGGGGGUGCCGGCGUACAAGUGGUGGUCGGAGGGGCUCCACGGGCUCUCCUACUGGGGCCACGGCAUGCACUUCAACGGCACCGUCCGGGGCAUCACCAGCUUCCCGCAGGUGCUCCUCACCGCCGCCGCCUUCGACGACGCCCUCUGGUUCCGCAUCGGCCAGGCCAUCGGCACGGAGGCGAGGGCGCUGUACAACCUGGGGCAGGCGGAGGGGCUGACCAUCUGGUCCCCCAACGUCAACAUCUUCAGGGACCCACGGUGGGGCCGCGGCCAGGAGACCCCCGGCGAGGACCCCACCACGGCGAGCAAGUACGCCGUCGCCUUCGUCCGGGGCCUGCAGGGGAGCUCGCCGGCGACGGCGCUGCAGACCUCCGCCUGCUGCAAGCACGCCACCGCCUACGACCUCGAGGACUGGAACGGCGUCGCCCGCUACAACUUCAACGCAAGGGUGACAGCACAAGAUCUAGCGGACACGUUUAACCCGCCGUUCAAGAGCUGUGUGGUGGAUGGGAAGGCGACCUGCAUCAUGUGUGCCUACACCGGCAUCAAUGGCGUCCCUGCCUGCGCCAACUCUGACCUCCUCUCCAAGACCGUCAGGGGAGACUGGGGCCUAGAUGGGUACGUUUCUUCAGACUGCGACGCAGUCGCCAUCAUGCGUGACGCGCAGCGUUACGCGCCAACGCCAGAGGACACCGUUGCGGUUGCCAUCAAGGCCGGUUUGGACUUGAACUGCGGGACGUACACGCAGGAGCACGGCAUGGCGGCGCUGCGGCAGGGGAAGAUGUCGGAGAAGGACGUCGACAGGGCGCUCACCAACCUCUUCGCCGUGCGCAUGCGCCUCGGCCACUUCGACGGCGACCCCAGGGGCAGCGCCGCGUACGGCCACCUCGGCGCCGCCGACGUGUGCACGCAGGCGCACCGGGACCUCGCCCUCGAGGCGGCGCAGGACGGCAUCGUCCUGCUCAAGAACGACGCCGCCGCGCUCCCGCUCGGCCGGAGCGGCGCAGUGGCGGUGAUCGGGCCCAACGCCGACGACCCCGCCGCGCUCAACGGCAACUACUUCGGCCCGCCGUGCGAGACCACCACGCCGCUGCAGGGGAUCCGGAGGUACGUCGCCGGCGCGAGGUUCAUCGCGGGGUGCGACUCGCCGGCGUGCGGGUUCGCCGCGACCGGCCAGGCGGCCGCGCUGGCGAGCUCGUCGGACCGCGUGGUCCUCGUCAUGGGGCUCAGCCAGGACCAGGAGAAGGAGGGCCUCGACAGGACGAGCCUGCUCCUCCCUGGCAAGCAGCAGAGCCUCAUCACCGCCGUGGCGAACGCGGCGAGGCGGCCGGUCAUCCUCGUCCUCCUCACCGGCGGCCCGGUGGACGUGACGUUCGCCAAGAACAACCCCAAGAUCGGCGCCAUCCUGUGGGCCGGGUACCCCGGCCAGGCCGGCGGGCUCGCCAUCGCCAGAGUCCUCUUCGGCGACCACAACCCGAGCGGGAGGCUGCCGGUGACGUGGUACCCGGAGGAGUUCACCAAGAUCCCCAUGACGGACAUGCGGAUGCGCGCCGACCCGGCCACCGGCUACCCCGGCCGGAGCUACCGCUUCUACCAGGGCAACCCCGUCUACAAGUUCGGCUACGGCCUCAGCUACUCCAAAUUCACCCGCCGUCUCGUCACAGACCGCCCCGGCCGCAACCUCCUCGCCGGCGUAGCCCCGAGGCCAGCAGGCGACGGCGGGGAGAGCUACCACGUGGAGGAGAUCGGCGCCGAGGGGUGCGAGCAGCUAAAGUUCCCGGUGGCCGUGGAGGUGGAGAACCAGGGCCCCAUGGACGGCAAGCACUCGGUGCUCGUGUUCGUCCGGUGGCCGAAUGCGACGACGGGGGAGAGCCGCGCGGCGAGGCAGCUGGUCGGGUUUCGCAGCCAGCACGUGAAGGCCGGGGAGAAGGCGCGCGUGGCGAUGGAGGUCGACCCAUGCGAGCACCUGAGCAGGGCGAGGGUGGACGGGAAGAAGGUGAUCGACCGAGGGUCGCAUUUCCUCAUGGUCGGCGGCGAGGAGGACGCCGGCGGCGACCACUGGGAGAUCAGCUUCGACGCAUGAGGAGAACACAUUAUUAUUUCGAAUAUGAUUUUUUUAUGGAGAUUAUUAUUAUUGUGAUUUUAUUGUUUGUCGCGUAGUUAAUUUAAUUUAUGGUGUAAUUUGUGUUGGGUUUGCCUCUCAAGAAAUCGGGGGCAUAUGUUUUAGGAUUAAAUUAAGGUGUAAUAAUGUCGGCUACGGAGGAAUAAUAAUUAAUUUAUUUCUGGAAAUUAGAAGAGAG